GAGCAGAGGAGAGGAAAAAUGAGAUAGAAAAUGGAAGGACCCACGUAGCUCUCUUCCUAUUGGCUACAAUAUAGAUAUAGAUAAAAUAUACAAGGGGUACAACAUGAACCAGCCAUUAAUCUGCAUUUUAGAGUUACCAGUGAAUUGAAACUAAGGCCUUUCAUAUCAUAUCAAACUGUCACAGGUUUCAAAGAUUGUCAAUAAUUCUCCAUCAGCAUACUCCUUUGCUCUUUCUGGAUGUAUAAGAGACAACAACAACAGGACCAAGGCCUUCUUACCAACACUCUCUGUUAUUCCCUUCUUAUUUGUGUCAAAUAAUGGCUGUCGGAUCAAUUACUUCCCUUAUCAUCAUACCCUCCUCAUCUGCUAGAUUUCUCAACCACAUCAAUAACCACCAUGGCCAAUUUUCAUCAUCUUCACUGCUACAAGUCCAGGGGCCUUUGCAAAAGCAGCUUCAAGGAUUCAGAGUAAUCCCUUUACCUUACUAUCAUAACCAUUAUCCUCAUCAUCAUCAACCCCACGGCAUAAGUUACAUCAAUGGAACCAAACUCACCGAUACUGACAACACCCCAUCUGUGUUUGCUUCUGCAGCUUCCUCCAGUUCUACAGUUUCAAGCAUUGGCAGCGAAACCGGCUCGGGGUUGUCUUUGGAAGUUAGAGAGAUAAAGGAGAGGUACAAGAAGUGGCAAUGGAGAGGCCACACCAUUAAUUACUUGGUUCAUUGCACAGACGAAGACCGCCCUCCUCUCCUCCUUGUUCAUGGCUUUGGUGCCUCUGUUGCUCAUUGGCGCAGGAACAUUUUGACACUCUCUCAAAGUUACACCGUUUAUGCAAUUGACCUUCUUGGAUUUGGCGCUUCUGAUAAGCCCUUAGGCUUUCCAUAUACCAUGGAAGUAUGGGCUCAGCUAAUAUUAGAUUUCUUGGAUGAAAUUAUUCAAAAACCAACUGUACUGAUUGGGAACUCCAUCGGAAGUCUUGCUUGUGUUAUUGCUGCCUCGGAGUCUUCUCAUUCUCUGGUCCGAGCCCUUGUUCUCUUGAACUGUGCGGGUGGCAUGAACAAUAAGGCUAUUGUCGAUGAUUGGAGAAUUAAACUGUUGUUACCUCUGCUUUGGCUUAUUGACUUCUUGUUGAACCAAAAGGGAAUUGCUUCCUUCAUCUUCGAGCGAGUCACACGAAGAGAGAAUCUGAAGAACAUCUUGUUGUCCGUGUAUGGAAAUAAGGACUUUGUCGAUGAUGAUCUGGUAGAAAUCAUCAGAGAGCCAGCACAGGGUGAGGAAGCGCUUGAUGCUUUUGUGUCGAUUGUGACUGGCCCGCCAGGGCCGAGCCCUGUGCAGUUGAUGCCGAGGAUCAACUUACCGGUGCUAGUUUUAUGGGGUGAUCAAGACACGCUCACCCCUCUUGACGGUCCUGUUGGGAAAUACUUCUCGUCCCUGCCUGCUCAACUACCGAAUAUAAGCCUCUUCAUUUUGGAAGGAGUUGGACACUGUCCGCACGAUGACAGACCGGACUUGGUACAUGAGAAGCUGCUUCCUUGGCUGGAUCUUCUUCCUGCUUUGUAAGGCACUGUUUUCAAGUUCGAUUCACAUAAAUAAGAAAAAUAGGAUAACAUCAUAUGAAACAAAUGUGCAAACACUCAUUUUUGUCAACUGUUAUCAAAUUCCAGAAACCACAUUCAUUGAUCCAUUACCAUCAAUGGUCAAGAUUAACUUCUUUUUGAAGGUUU